AUGUACGAAAAUACUUUUACAAUAAAACAAGAUGAUAAAAAUAUGAAUGAUACAAAUGAAGCAGAAAAAGAAAGAUGUUUAUCUGAAUUGACACAUACAAGUAAAGAUUCAAUCUUUUAUUCAUUACCAUCAUCACCAAUAUCAACACCUACAUCAUCACCUAAAGAUAUAAAAAAGUCAAUAAAAAUAUAUCCUGAGACAAUGUUAUCAAUGACAAAAACAAUUGUAUAUCCAAUUCAAGAUAAUAUAACUAUUCAAAAUACCAAUAAAAAUGAAAAAUAUUUAACAUCAAAAGAAUUAAAUGGACAAGAAAGAUAUCAAUAUACAUUAAAUAAGCAACAAAUUAAAGCAUCAUCAAGAGUAUCAGCAUUAUUAACUGGUUUUGCUAUGGUUGCAUUAAUUGAAUUUCAAUUUGAAGCUACAACACCUCAUUAUUUGUUAAUUCUUUUAUCAAUAACAACAAUUUUAGUUAUAUCAGUUCAUUUGUUAGCAUUAAUGAUAUCAACAUGUUUAUUACCUUAUAUUGAAUCAACAGGAUGUUGUGAAGAUUCUCCACAUAAACGUUUAUCAUUUUAUAUUAAUUUAGCAUGGAUAUUUAGUACAUGUUUAGGUUUAAUACUAUUUAUAGUAUUAAUUGCCAUUAUAGCAAUUAUUAAAUUUGAAAAUGUUGAUUAUAUUCCAGCAGCAUAUGUAGCAGGAGGAAUAUUAAUACCCGUUUUUAUACUAUUUAUCCUUAUUUCGUGUUUAAUAAAUAGAGAUCGAACAAAUCAUUCUAUCCAUAGAGCGGAAGUUAAAAUGGCUAGUUUUAAGAAUAAGUACAUACAAAGUAUGGAUCUUGAGAAUAAAAUUAGUGACUAUGACAAAGCUGGUAUUAAUGAUAGUUUACCUGACUUAGAAAAUAAAAAAAAAUCGUCAUCAAUACAAUUAGCAUAG